GCUCCGCGCCAGAGCGCUGCUGAGCGGACGGACUAUACCGGGCGCGCCGCUGCCGCCGAGCUGAACGAGGCAGACACAGACAGAGAACGCAGCAGACAGCAGUUGUAUCUGAGACUCAGGUGGAGCAACAGCUCCCAAGGUCUCCGUCUUCCUCCAUCAUGGCCGUGGCCAACGUGGCCCGCGCGGCCUCCAGGCUGGGCGUCCUGCUCUGCCUGGCGUGCUUCGCCCUCCCCGCCCUGUCCAACCCGUCCACCGCGCCGCCCCCGACCGGCGACUCCCUGGAGCUGGCCGACGACAAGGACCUCGUGUUCGAGGACAUCCUGUCGCGCCACUCCGUGGUCUGCCCCACGCCCAUGUGCGAGUGCCGCCACGCCGGGUCCGGCGGCAUCGCCGCCAAGUGCUCCACGCUGGACUUCAAGGGCCAGCGCUUCCAGGGCGUGGUGAACCACUUUGAAGUGAGCAACGCUCCCGAGCUGGACAACGGCCUCUUCCUCGUCAACCACUCGCUCGCGUCCCUCGGCCUGCAGUUCUUGACCUCGGUCAAGAUCUCCAACGCGUCCAUCAAGGGCCUCAGCCUGUCCACGUUCGACGGCCUCACGGAGCUGUACGACGUGGACCUGUCCGACAACCACAUCAUGAUCCCGCACCGCGACCUCUUCCAGAAGAACUCGGCGCUGCGCCGGCUGUCGCUGCGCGGCAACCCGCUCAACGUGGCGCAGGUCGUGGAGAACUCCCUGGCCAAGAGCCACCUGCUCAACUCGACCUCCCUCAACGAGCUGGACCUGUCGCGGUGCGAGCUGGCCUUUCUCUCGCAGCACAUGUUCUCGCGCAUGCGGCACCUGGAGCGCCUGCUGCUGGUGGGCAACGGCAUCAAGACGAUCCACCCGCAGGCGCUGUCCGGGCUGGGCGAGCUGGAGGAGCUGGACCUGUCCAACAACGACAUCCACGCGCUGAGCACGGCCAUGUUCGCCAACAACACCGAGCUCACGGAGCUGCGCCUGCGCAACAACUCGCUGCACUCGCUGCGCGGCGUGGAGAUCCUGGGCCUGGACGAGCUGGACGUGUCCGAGAACUGGCUGACGGAGAUCGACAACGAGACGUUCGUCGGCUUCGCGGCGCUCACCCGCCUCAACCUCAGCGACAACGCCAUCGGCAAGAUCGACACCGCCGCCUUCCUGCCCCUGCGCCACCUGCAGGACCUCGACCUGUCCGGCAACGACAUCCAGGGCGCGCUGCCGCGCGAGCUGUUCGCCGCGUGCGAGGUGCUGGAGACCCUGAACCUGGCCGACAACCCCAGCAUGAGCCUGCCCGAGGGCGGCUUCCUGGGCCAGUUCAGCGCGCUGUAUCAGCUCGACCUGUCGCUCAUCAACCUCACCGUCCUGGCCGACGACAGCUUCAUGGGCAUGGACCACUUGACCAUCCUCAACCUCCACGGCAACAGUCUGUCUGCGAUCAGCGCCGGCGUGUUCCGCCGCCUGCCUCAGCUGUCGUCGCUCGACCUGUCCGACAACUACAUCGAGGCGCUGGACAGCAAGGCCUUCGAGACCAACAGCUUCCUCCGCCACCUGGACCUCUCCGGCAACCCGCUGACGGCCGUGUCGCCGCAGCUGUUCGUCGGCACGCCCUACCUGCGCUGGCUGGACCUGAGCCACUGCCGCCUGUCCUCGCUGUGGGACAAGGACGCGCAGGAGCUCAGCCGCGACGUGGACCGCGUGUCGCUGCUGCGCAAGCUGACCCACCUCAACGUGGCCGGCAACAACAUCACCACGCUGCGCCCGCGCGACAUGACCCUGUUCUCGGGACUGACCGUCCUCGACAUCAGCGGCAACCCGCUCGAGUGCACCAAGGAGCUGCACUUCUUGAUGGAGUGGCUGGUGAAGAACUCCGUGACGCCGCGCGUGGACCGCCGCGCAGCCGGCGCCAUGCAGACCGACCUGCUGCACGCCGUGGAGGACAUGAUGGAGGAGGAGAAGAGCCUGCUCAGCCGCUGGUCCGCCGAGUACGACAAGCUGUGCGGGGAGCGCGCCUUCGCCAGCGAGCGCGCCCGCCUGCAGAACAGUAUCCUCGCCUCGUCGUCAUCCUCGCCCGUGGCGCCGUCCACGCGCGCCCCCGCCAGGAAGGGCGUCACCCAGGAGGAGCUGGACGACGUGGAGAUGCUGCUGGGCGCCAAGAAGCUGCCCGCGCUCUCCGCCGACGUGGAUGAGGCCGAUUCCGAUGAGGACGACGACGAUGACAGCAUGUACUCCGAGACUGACAGCGCGACCAACGCCAUCGUGGAGGAGGCCGACGAGGACGACGAUGAAGACGACGACGAGGACGACGACGAGUACGACGACUCGAACCUGAUAACGGACAACGGCAGCAACGGCACGGACUACCUGGCCUUCACGCACCGUGGCAGCCCCUACCUGUGGCCCGUGCUGACCAUCAGCGCGCUGCUCGCCACCACGGUGCUCGUCGUGUCCAACGUGGUGGUGUGCUUGGUGCGCCGGCGACGCGCCCGUCGCUACGCGCGCCUGCAGUCCACCAUGUUCUCCCAUGGAGGCAUGCCCGGCUCCUUCAUCAAGCAGACGAAGAAGGACGGCGGCUUCGUGUACAAGAAGCUGUACGAGGACACGACCACGCCCAUCUUCGUGCCGCCACAGCCGGCCGCGCCGCAGGCGCGCACCUUCCGUUUCCCGCUGGACCCCAGCGACCUCCUGGGCCACACCGACACGCCGGCCCAGCGGGUGUAAAUCUGUAAAGCCUGCACCAGCGUGCACCCAAUCCUCUUCCAUGGUCCAUCUCCAGGUUAUUUUUCAAUUUUUUUUCAGGUAAACUUUUUUUAGUACAUUUACUGUAUUGUUACUUAACAUAUCAGGACAGUGGUGCACGGCUGAGCGGGAAUUUUUUUUUUAAUUGUAUGUAUGUGUAUGUGCGUUUGUCUGCGUGUGUCUGAUCGUGUGUAUGUGUGCGUCCGCGCGUGGCUGUAGCUUUCAGUGUGAGAGAAUGUGUGUCCGACCAAUUAUUCUAAAAUGUGUUCUCUGUGCUGAGUGACUUGAGAAUUGUUACCCCACUGGGGCGUUUGCUGAUAAAAUAAUGUUAUGAGCCACCUGCUUUCAUGGCAAGUCUGAUCAUGUGGAUGGAAUACUUUAUUAACAAAACAUGUCUACGAAUUUCUAUCAAAUGAUUUUGUAAGAUCCUCUCACAAUUUCUCAUCAAGACUCGUGUAUUCUUAUAGAUAACUGUUCUUUUUUUAAAAAUUUUAACCGUUUACUGCUUGUGCAUGUGUAUUUACAUGCAGAUCAUCAUUAUGAAAUGUGCAGAGUUCUGGCAUUUCAGAGGGGGGAGGAUAGAAGGAGGUGUAGGUUUAGUGUUUAGACUUUAGGGGACAACAGUCAUCUAUGUCAAAGAAACCCGCCGGUACAUUGUCGAUAAAAUUCUUAUCAAAGAUUUUUUGCAGCUCUGUUUUUAAUUUUAUUUAUGUCCGCUAGUUUUGAGAAUGAGAGACUAAGCUCCAACCUUAUGACCUCAUGAUAAUAUCCGUCCAUGUGGAAGCACAAGUGUAAUACAAUCGUGCAUAAUGUAUUUUUCUACUGAUUUAUCUUCAGUCCUCCGUGUUUCACAAUCUUCAACAUUUUGAAACAUUUCUCUUAGAAAUGGGUCCUUUAAAAUGUUUUUUUACUUGUUUUUACGUAAGUUUUGGUACUUAUCCGCUGAUUUUUCUUGUGUCAUUGAGAGAGCUGCGAUAAACUCUGGACUGAAGUAGAAUAAGAUAAUUUGUAUUAUAGUUAUGCUCACAUAUAAAUGGAUUGUACUGCCCUCAAUAUGAAAUCUAAAAUUUUUGCUUAACAGUGUCUCAAAAGAAAGCAGAAUUUAGUGGUGGUUGCAAUUUAUCUGUAUGUGAGUAGGUCCGGGUUUAUUUCACCUACUCCCAUGUUGACUAUUCAUUCCAAUAUUUUUUAACAAAACACAUUGACUUUCCCAGGACAUUCCUUGAACUUUUCUAAUUUUGUUAACCAUACCACAACAUCUAACCAAGUGCCAUACCAUAUUUAUAAAAGUUUCAUGUAGGAUGUCAAUCCUAUAUUCCUUUUGUAAGGGCGUGUUCAUCAGUGUUUUGAAUUAUUCGUGAUAUAUUGUUAGGUUUGUUCAGUGUAAACACAGAAGAAAUUGUCACAUAUGUCAAAUCAUCAGCAGUUUAUUGUGUGUUUACUUAAUAAAAUUACUUCUAAACAAAA